GAAGCUCAUUCUUUGAAUCAGUUGGACCGCAAACUUCCGCGAUCCCACAAGUCUCGUUUAGAAGUGCGUCAAAAGUUUUCAAUUCGAUCAAUAGACCGAAAACUGGCUUGGUCAAUGGCUUCACAUGAGGAAGGCCGAGGCUUAAGAAAAAGUCGCUCACAUGGCUCGAUUUUAAACGGUAUUGCAGCCGGACAAUUCGUUCCGUAUUCUUCGUAUAGCCGUCAAUUGCCUCCACCCACGGCUCCGUCCAGUUACAUCCCGGAAAGUUGGUCAUAUAGGGCGGCUCCACCCACCGAAAUGACCCAUUCCAUGUGGCUGAGUCGCCAUCAGGUCGGUACCCCCAAUCACACGGGUUGGACUAUCAAUGAACGAGGCAAUCGUGUUUGGAUGAAGUUUGAGCCUUUCACCCCCACUUUGUUCCCCGUGAAGGAGACUCGUUUCUACAAGCCCAAGCUCCAUAGGAUGGAUUUCCUUCAAAAGCGGACCAAAAACCCGCACGGAUCCAGAUAUCUGUUCUAGUUUGGGCCAAGCAUCCAAGUUCGAGGCACCUUUAUUUUUGAUAGGAUUUUAAUUUUCCUCUUGGAUCACAAUCCAAUAAAUCAGAAGUUGGAAUGAUUCCCACGAAAAACG